GCUAGCACAACUUGAGAAUCAACAAAGUGAUAAAAAUAAGGAACUAGCUCAGCUUGGAAAGGAAGUGGAAUCAGAGAUCAAUGCACGUCGGCAUGAGAUUCAGGAAACUAGUGAAGUUCUAAGUGGUCUCCACCAACAAGAGGAACAGAUGUCUUCUGCUAUACAAGAUAAAAAAUCACAUCUACAUGAUUUAGAACUUGAUAUAAAAGAUCAGGAAGCAAAUUUAGAACAUCUUGAUGGUACUCUGACAAAGCAUAAAAUGGAACUUAAGUCUGUAUUAGAAUCAUUACGUGAUGCUAAAGUGGAUGAAGAAAAGUUAAAAGAGUCAAAUUCAGCAUCACUUGCUGAGUUGGAAAAGUUAAGGGAUGCAACAUUAGAGGAAAAAUCCCUAUAUAGCAAUAUUAAUGAUGCAGUCAACAAGAAGCAGCAAGAGAAUGAAC